AAGCCGAAAACCGAAACGCACUUUGCUUUCAGGCCUCCGCCGUAAAAGUUCUCGUUGUUGACGAGAACGGAACAGUUUACAAACAAUUUUCCAGUGGCAAAUCGCAGUGAAAAGUGUUGAAACUUUUGAAAAUAGUUGCGGUGUACAUCUAGUUGCAACAAAAGCUUGAAACAUGCCAGACUGGAGGGAACGUGAAGAUUCCGAGCGCGGAUACGGUGGCGGCAGCUCCGGGUACGAUCGGGAGCGCCGGGACUACCGCAGCGGUGGAGGCAGCUACGGAAGCGGCGGCGGCGGUGGUGGAGGUUACCGCUCGGGUGGCGGUAGCAGCGGCGGAUACGGUGGAAGCCGCGAUGGUGGAUACCGCUCCGGCGGUGGCGGUGGUGGUGGAUUCCGCAACGGCGGUGGCAGUGCCGGCGGACCCCCACGUGGACCACCGAGGAUCGACCCGGCCACGGCCAAGACGGAAACGUUCGAGGUCGACGCCGAGAAGGUGAAGUUCAUCAUCGGACGCGGCGGAAACAAGAUCCGCGAAAUCCAGGACCGCUGCCGGGUGUCGGUGCAAAUAGACAAGCAGCGUAACGAGAACGGCCAGAACAAUGUGUCGGUGAUGGGAGACCAGUCGAACAUCGACCGGGCGCGAGACAUGAUCGACCGGAUCAUCAAUGACGAUCGCGACCGAGAGGAACAUCACCGCGACUAGGGAGGGAGGCGCUUGUGGCGUGCCGUUUGACCACCACCACCAAAGGUGGUUCCACGGUUAUGGUCCGUCUCGUCUCUCGCCUAAACUCAAAGGCUUAGGUUAAGAACAGUUUUAAAAAAGAUAAACACAGCAAAACAAAACUAAUAGGUUCGAUUAAAGAAGAAAACACAGCUAAAUAAGAAGAAAAGUAAAAGAUUUGCAUUUAUUAUUUCCCAUUAUCCCUUGAAUAAGAUCCCUAAUCUCGUUUACACGUUCGAAUGCACUUUCGUUGAAGGGGGGCCUGCUAUUGUAACACCGACACUAGGCUAUGGCAGAUUGGAACGAAAUAUUCGGAUACGCACGCGAAAGAUAGAGAGUUGCAUUCUUGUCGUGAAUGAGCCCGAGGAUGACAGAGAAUCCGAAGAAUCGUGUAGAGUACCUGUCGAUCGCGCCACGUAGACUGGAGACAGCUUCCAUUUAAACUUACUAAUCGAAGACAGAAAUAGGGCUAAAGAGACAGAGAUACUUAGGAAGGAAGGAAUUGUGCGAAUCACUAUGUGAUUAUAGAGGAUCUUCUCGAUAUAAAUUGCCGGAAAUACUAUUUGUAUUUUUCACCAUGCUCUGGACGAUGAGGACGACGAAGAAUAAAGUCAGAAUGAUGUGGAGUAGUAUCUAAAAGUGUAAGGUGACUAAUGUAAAUACGAUUUUUAGAAAUUUAUAUUUCUAAGACUACCGCUAAGCAGUGAACACAGGACAGAGCCAGAGACAGAGAAGUUAAGGUCCGUUGAUCGGUAAAGUGGUUCAUGAACACAAGAAAACGGAAACACUACUACUUAGGAUGAUACUUGAGCCAACGACUAACUGAAACUAAACUAAAACCGCGUUCAUGGAAGGAAAGUGUGAUCCCAUAAGCAGUAAAGAGCAGAAAUAACGGUCGAACAUUCGCAAACUCAUACAUACACACACAGACAUACAGACAUGCAGGAGAGAAAACCGAAAGCAAAAGAAAUUGAUGUAGAAUACAAAUGUUCAUUUUUUACUUUUAAGAAGUUGCAAACCAUUAAAGCUGAAACUGGUCGGAAAAUCUA